UUUGUCGCAUGUCUCUGGUUGUGCAUGGUGUUUACAUAGUUUAUGUUUAUAAAUAAUUGAGGUUAUUUGUACGUACAUAUUGCAAUGCCCUUAGUAGUAGUGACAGGUUUUCCUUCAAGUGGUAAAACAACUAGAUCCCUAGAGUUGAAAUCAUAUUUAGAGGACAGUCACAACUGCACUGUGCAUGUGAUCAGUGAGAAUGUGGUACUCAAGAAUUCUGGUAAAGAGAAGAAUGCCGUUGUUUUCGAUUCAGGCAAAGAAAAAGAAGUAAGAGGACUGAUAAAAGCAGAAACUCAACGAUUAAUAGGAAGAGAGACAGUGGUUAUUAUUGAUGCCGGAAACUACAUUAAAGGCUUCAGGUACGAGCUGUACUGCAUGUCGAAGGCCAGCAAGUGCACCCAGUGCACCCUGCACUGCGUGGUCCCGGUGGAGACGGCCCGGGGGUGGAACGCCGGCCGGGCGGCGGCAGCGGGCGGCGGCGACGACGGCUACUCGGCGGAGGCGUUCGACGCGCUGGUGGCCCGGUACGAGCCCCCGGACAGCCGCAGCCGCUGGGACGCGCCGCUCUUCUCCCCGCUGCCGGGCGACGAGCUGCCCGGCCCGGAGAUGUUCGCCGCCCUGUACGGGAGGAAGCCCCCGCCGCCCAACAUGUCCACCCAGUGUGCACCUUUAUCUUCGACAAACUUCUUGUACGAACUUGACCGCAUCACCCAGGAGAUUGUAACGGCCGUCCUGUCGGCCCAGAAGCUGGGCGCGGAGGGGCGGGUGCAGAUACCGGGCCACGAGGGCCUGGCGGUGGAGGGGGUGGGCCCGGGCGUCACCCCCGCGCAGCUGGCACGGCUGCGCCGGCAGUUCCUCUCCUACACCAGGCUGCACCCCGUCGGCGACGCGGCCGCUGUCCCGCCCCUCUUCGCGCAGUUCCUCAACGCCAGCCUGCGCUGACCCCACCGGUGCUUGCCGGCGUCCGUGCGAAACUGCUGCCAGCAAGAACAGUGUUGAAUCGUGAUGAGUAUUAAUAUUGAUUUCAUCUCCCGAAACUUUCAAGGCUCGGUCUCGUGACAAAUAUCAAUAAUGUUCGCAGGCUUUCCCACGGCCAUCGUCCGAAGUGGCUCGGCUUCUCGGUUGUGGCCGCGUCCUCGGCGAAUGAUUCACCGACGUUUCGGUCGACAUUGCAGUCGCCGUCAUCAAGGACUGAAUGUUUCUGUAACUUGCUCCCCGAUGAUGGCGACCGCAAGUGUCGACCGAAACGUCGGUGAAUCUCUCGACGAGGACGCUGCUACGACCCGGAAGCAGAGCUACUUCGUAGCAAAUAUAUACCUGUGGGGAUAUUAUGGUAUAAACAUCAAUUUUUUCCUGUGAAAAGAAUAUAUGUACUGACAAAAAUUGUGUGGAACUGAAACAUCCAUACCGAUUAUGUAAAUUAUACGACAGUUUGAAAUAUGACGACAGUUCGUUUAUUCAAACAAUAGUUUUCAUGUAAAAAGUGAUGUAAAACUGUAAUUUUUGUUCUGAUCAUUUACUUAGAAGAGCAGGUACCUCGAGAGUUUUUCCCCCACCACUUACCAACUUCCACCCCUCCCUCCACCCUCUCCCUCUCAGAGACCAUGUCAAUUCCCAGAAAAACAGGAUCUUCCGCUGAGGGGUUAUGAUGGCUGACCACAAAAAAACCAUGCAGCAUUAACAAGUUCCAAAGGAAUAAUUAACGUAUGUUAACAUGGUUUAAAUUUUUAAAAAAAUGUGUCACCAUAAUAGUUUUCAUAUGAAGGUAUGUUGGUCUUUAUACUUUGGAAUGUUAUUAGUGGUUAUUACAAAUUUAACCCAAUAGUUAUUACUGUGUGCUGAAAUAUACUUCAAGACAACUAUCUGUUAAUGGUUUUAUGGCUAAUACAUUUCUAUGACUGUAAUGCAAGUUGAAAAUGUGUUCUGGAGCAUUAAUUUUUUUAGACUUAGAAUAAAGUUUUUUUAAAUUAUAUUUUUAAGUUAUUUUCCUAUUUCGUUUUGUUGAUAUUAUAUAUACUGAAAAAAUUAGUAACGUGCAAUAACUCCUGUUCAUUUGCUAAAUUUACACGUACAAUAUACCUGUAUACAGAGUGAUUUGUAGAGGGUUAAACAAUCUGAACAGGCGGUAGACCCAUUUAGAAGGAAACCCUUGGGGUUCAAUUUUUUUUAAUAUAUUUUUUAAUGUUUUUCUUAAGUUUUAUUGAAAUUUUACCUCUUAACACCUUUAGCUUUUUUUGUCGCAUGUUUUAUAUUUGAUCCAUGCAAGGUGGUGUUAGAUGUAAAGAACAACUAAAGAAUUAUUUCUGAACACAAAGACAGAAAAAUGGAAACAAAUAGGAAAAAAAAUCUCAUUGAGGAAGUUCAAAUACUUUUAAUAACUUGCCUAGGUUUUAUUUAUUACAAUGCUGUACUAAAAACUGGUAUAAAACUUAUAUCAGCUUGUGUGAAAAAUAAGACGUAAGGGGAUAAUGGA